AUUGGGGUGUUCUUCUUUUCACUGUUUUUUCUGUUUUCAGAGCAUGGAAUCUACUCCAACUCUUUGGGUUACUUUGGAGGUGUGUCGUGGGCUAUGCUGGUGGCCAGGACGUGUCAGCUCCCGAAUGUCGUCGCGGCCACGCAGGUGCACAAGUUCUUUCUGGUGUUUUCGCGCUGGAAGUGGCCCCAGCCGGUGUUCCUGAAGCGGCCGGACACCGUGAAUCUGGGCUUUCAAGUGUGGGAUCCGCGGGUGAACGUGCAGGACCGGUUCCACCUGAUGCCGAUCAUCACGCCGGCAUAUCUGCAGCAAAACUCGACCUUCCACGUGUCUAGCUCGACGCGGAAGGUCAUGCUGAACGAGUUCAACCGCGGCAUGCAGAUCACGGACGAAAUCAUGCUCGGCAAGGCCGGCUGGGACAAGCUGUUUGAGGCGCCGAGCUUCUUCUUCAAGUAUCGCUACUUUAUCGUACUGCUAGUGACCUCGAACAACACCGACGACCACCUCGAGUGGUGCGGACUGGUCGAGUCCAAGAUCCGCUACCUAAUCCAAAAACUGGAGCGAAUCCUGCACAUCAACCUGGCCCACGUCUGUCAGGAUCUAACCCCUGACGACGGCGGCGAGUGCGCAGACAACACACUGCUCGCUCUAAUUCAUGGGGUCAGGAGGUCAGAGAUCCUGAACGUGGACCUGACCGAAAGCAUCCAGAACUUUACCGAUGUUGUGCACAAACAUGCGGUGCUCAUCAAGGUCCUCGAGACGACACGCGACGGCACGAAGAUCGAGGCGCGGCACGUCCGGCGGAAGCAGCUCAACCAGUACCUCGACUCGAACCUGCUCAAGCGGGAGCGCAAAAUCAGCGACUCCUUCGCCGUCGCAAAUGCGCAAACGACCUACUCAGAAGAAACUAGAAACUAGAGCGAAAUUCGACGGGUUUUGAUUCGCGGUGUUUCGGCAAGCGCUUAGCGCAGGCAAAAACAGUCUGAAGUGAAACGUUUGUGCGGCUGGUCGUUGUUUACGUUUUGUGCGCAGGUAUAAUUUUCAAACAAAUCAUUUAAUUUACCAGAUACUUUGUUUAUAUUUUUCUUGUUGAUCAUUUCAGCGCCGUGGAGAACUUGAUAAAAACGGAACAGCUGGUGCUGGAGAACUCGAUCGGUGAUCAAAAGAGAUUUUGCCGCCGGCCGACAAUAUUGUUCCGCCGAGGAUGCGACCAAGCGAACAAACGAUUGGCAUCAAUCAAUCUGCAUAAUCAGAUAAGUACAUAUGAUAUUUUGAAUAUUAUAUUCAACUUGAUACUUUGUGAUUUUUUUCUUCUUACUUUUUCAGGUUUGGACGAUUUUGGCAGUAUGAUCAACUAAACAGAAUCAACAUUCAACUAGAAUUUAAGCCGCUAAAGUUCAAAUAUUAUUGCUGUGAACCAUCCGUCAAAAAGUGAACAAUUCUGUAAAAAAUAGGUAGGUAAAAAAUGUAAGAAAAACUUUCAAAAACUAUUUCAAAACUAUUUCUCAAAAAGUGUAAAUUUGUAUGAUAAACUUUAAUUUAACAUUUGAAAACUAUUUCUGAAAUAGUGAAACUGGGAAAAAAUGUAGGAUAAACCUUAAAUAACCAUAUGAAAACUAUUUCCAAAAUAGUAGCGCUAGGUAAAAAUAGCAAGAAAAACCCUAAAAUACCAUUUACACACCAUUUCUGAAAUAGUAGACGCAAGGUUAAAAAUUGUAAGAAAAACCUUAAAAUACUUUUUAAAAACCAUUUCUCAAACAGUAAAAACCGAGAGAAAAAGGUCGCUUUUUCGCGAAAAUUUACUUUAUUUUUACCAUUACACAAAUGGUAAUUUGACGAAACGUUGUUCGGGAAUUUUUAAGGUUACCGUUGCUAACCACCCUCAAUUCAGAUGGUCGAACUUUAUGAAAAAUGGUAGGGUACCAUUUCCGAUAUGGUAUUUUUAAGGUUUUCCUACCAUUUUUCAAAUAGUGGUUACGAUCUCUGAAAUGGUGAGAAAACCAUUUAACACAAAGUUUUUUUAAGGUUCUCGUUUAUG